AGUUUCAGUCUCUGCAGCACUGUGGGAGUGAUUCUAUCAGAGGUACGAUGAGGACAUGAUGCACAAACGUCAAAGGAACGCACGCAUGGAAACAGAGGUUGAUGAUAUCGGAGGAUCAGAUCAGAUUUGUCUGCAGAAUAAAGCCGGCGGAGUUUGCUGGAGGAGCUCAAAGUGUUAGGUGAUGAGGGGAAGAAUCACUCUGCAGCAGGGAAGUUCACGCGCUCGGUGCAAAAGUUCAUGAUGAAUCCUUGCUGGGUGUUUAUGAUCCUUGUGGGCUUCAGGAUCUCUGAUGCUGCAACUCAGGGGCAGAACACCUGCACAUUCAACGACAAACUUAAAAGUGUCUGCGUAGCUGCUGGAGACAGCGUCUCUGUGCCGUGCCCGAACAUGACGGGCGAAGAUUUCAGAUUGAACCUUUUCAAAGACCAAGAACUGAUUUACAACCACAGCUGCAGCCACAACAACAAAGCACCAGACUGCAAAUUGCCGUUAAGGGUGGAUUUGCAGCUGCACAAAAAAACAGACAAUGACUCAGUCAGUUUCCUGCUAAUAGGAGUGAAUGCCAGCCGCCACGGCGUGUACAGGUGCGAGGGCCAGGUCAGGUUCCCUCCUCCCCUGCUUCCAGCUGUGCCAGGAGCUGCGAGCAUACUGGUACUUAUAGAAGGACACCAGUGCAAGGUCCCUAAACAGGAAAGCAGCGACAACCCCUGGAUUUGGAUUCUGGCUCUCGUGUCAGUUAUUCUCUACAGCGUAAUCAUCACCGUCUCCGCCGUAUUCUUCUGGGUGAAACUGAGGAAGACGGAUUCUCAGAGCGACUACAUGAACACCAAACCAAGAGCACCCAGGGGCCAAAGGAAGAAUCGAGGCGUUCAAAAUCCUGCGCCACGCUACUUCUGAUCAACCUGCGCGAGAGCCGAGCACUUCCCUCAGAGUUCCCACACCCUUAAAGGACCAACCUUGGAGUGGCUCGUCCAAAAACAC